UGCCCCGCUGAGCAGCCGGACGAGCCGGGGAGAGGGAGCGGCGCCCACCGAGCUCGGGAGGCGGCUGCGGGGAGCGGAGCUCUAUCCCGGCCGCCGCGGGAGGCCAGAGGGAGACGGGGGCCCAGCGAGGAAGGCGAGGAUAAAUGGGUGUGUAUGACUUUUCCCUUGCUCUAAAGCGGUUCCAUGUCUUGUUUGGACUGCUCCUGUAUUCUGCGUACACCAGUUGAAUCAAUCAGACCAGAAGAGCUAUCUCAGAGCAGCAUCCAUGAAUGCCUGGCGGAUUCUGAUCUAGCCUGGAUUCCCCCAUCUACAGGAAAGAAUGAAAUGGUAUUUUGCUCUUCUAAUGUCUCUCAUUAUGAACUCCAGCUGGAAAUAGGAAGGAGGUUCAACAAUUUAACUUCAGUCUACCUUGCACGGCAUACACCUACAGACAGGCAAGUUGCUGUAAGGAUCACAGACCUUGAAAAUUGCUCUGAAGAGCACUUGAAAGCCUUACAGAAUGAGGUGGUUUUAUCACACUUUUUCCAGCAUCCCAACAUAAUGACAUUUUGGACAGUGUUUACAGCUGGAAGCUGGCUUUGGGUCAUCUCCCCAUUCAUGGCCUAUGGUUCAGCCAGACACCUGCUGAAGACUUACUUUCCUGAAGGAAUGAGUGAAGCUUUGAUAGGGAACAUUCUGUUUGGUGCAAUCAGAGGAUUAAAUUACAUGCACCAGAAUGGAUAUAUUCACAGGAAUAUUAAAGCUAGCCACAUUCUGAUUUCAGAGGAUGGGCUGGUUUCUCUCUCUGGCCUAAACAACCUCUACAGUUUAGUUAGCAAUGGACAGAAGGCAAAGGUGGUGUAUGAUUUCCCCCCAUUUAGUACAUCUGUGCUUCCUUGGCUGAGUCCUGAACUACUGAGACAGGAUUUGUCUGGCUAUAACAUGAAGUCUGACAUAUACAGUGUGGGAAUUACAGCAUGUGAAUUAGCCAAUGGACAUGUUCCAUUUCAAGAUAUGCCUCGCACUCAGAUGCUGCUGCAAAAGCUGAAAGGUCCCACCUCCUGUCAUUGGGAUAUAAAUACCUUUCCCCGGGGGGAAUCCAGGAUGAAGAAUUCCCGAUCAGGUGUUGAUUCUGGAAUUGGUGAGAGCAUGACACGCACAAUGACCAGUGAAAGACUUCAAAUGCCCUUUUCAAAAACAUUUUCACCUGCUUUCCACAACUUGGUAGAACUUUGCUUGCAACAGGACCCUGAGAAAAGGCCAUCAGCAAGCAGUUUGCUUUCGCAUACGUUCUUCAAACAGAUAAAGGAACAAACACAGAAUUCACUACUGUCCCUAUUACCACCUCCUAUUCAAAAUAACAGAUCAGAGUUCUUGGCACUGCCCUCAACAGCAGUUGGGACUGAACUUGGACGUAUCGCUACAAAUCAAGAUGAUACAGACUGGGAAUUCUAAAUAAAUACCAAUGAUACCUCUCCAGUGUUUCAGAGAAGGAAAAUGUGAUUUGUAUUUGCUGCUUUUAUAUGAUUAAAAUACAGUUAGACCAAAUAUACUUGAAAUGCCAUGAAGUGGCUGUAAUUCAUUACCUUCCUCUUGGCAUCACAAAAUGUAGCGUGCCUCACUCUCUGACUGUAAGGAAAACUGUAAGGUGUAUAAAGAAUGGCUGAGUGCUCACCUCUCUCUUUCAAAGCCUUCCUUAAGGAGAGAGUCUCUGCUGUAAUCUUACUCUGUACUGUAUUAUCAGCUCAUAGUGCUGCAGUCCACAUGCCUUUCUGAAUUCAGGCCUGGGGUUUGGCUGUGAUCUUACCUAAACAUCUUUUUGUCUUUUCAUUAUGACCCAAAUCAUUUUAGUAAGGAGAAAUCCUUAAGUUGAAAUGUGAAACUGCACAGAUUACUUGCUUAUGUAAAUAAAUGUUUCUCUCUCAAAAGA